GUUUUAUAUUAAUAUCCUUGUCGCUCUCCCAUACAGUCAUACCACGUCAGCAAACCACCGCAUUGGAGAUUAAGCCGAUGAGAAUCACAGCCACCGCCGCGGCGUUGGCUACCGCCCUAUGUGCAUUGACGUCGGCAGAGGAAGCACAAGCAGGCACGAGUGCCCCCACGCCAACACCAUUCGGCGUCACGCACACUCUGUCGUACCAGAACCACGGCGACGACCCGUACAGCAAGGACAAGAAGGCGCCGAACACCGACGUGACGCUCUACCCCGAGACGCAAAACAUCCCGUUGGACCCGACAUUGUCGCACCUUCGCCCGCCUCCACCGCGCAUCCCGUCCUCCUUCGACAUCUUUGUUGGCCUCUCCGUGUUCCGCGACGGCCUUCGGUGCGGGUACACCAUCUUCACAGGGUUCAAGCGCGCGCGCAACCCGGACCGGUUGUACUUCGGCAUUGUAGACCAAGUCAACCCCGACGACUUGAAGUGCCUCGACGAGUACUGCAAGCUGGCAAAGGUGGAAUGGCCGGACGACGAAUGCAAGUACAAGUCGCAUAUUCGUGUGGAUGAGCACUUGGCCGACGACUCGCGCGGGCCAACGUUGGCGCGCCAUUACCAGCAGAAAUUAGUCGGCGACCAAGAGUUCUGCUUGCAGCUGGAUGCCCACAGCGUGUUCACGAACGACUGGGACGUCGGCAUGAUGCAGGACUGGACAACCCUCAACAACGAAAUGGCCGUCCUCACGACGUACUUGCAUAACCUGAACGACUUUAUCGGGGACGAUGGCACGAACAAGCCCCCGAACCACUUGCCGCACAUUUGCCAAACCAUGCGCGGCGGCAACGGCCUCGUCCGUAGCAUCGGCGCCGACCUCAUCCUGCAGCCCAAGCAUCCUCAAAUGUCUGCAUUGUGGGGCGCGGGGCUAUCGUUCAGCAAGUGCCAUGCCGAAAAGCGCGUUCUCGUCGACAACCACAACCACUGGGUGUUUGAUGGAGAAGAAUUCCUGCGCGCGUCGCAUCUGUGGACGCACGGGUACGACUUGUACUCGCCCAGUAAAGUUGGAUCGGUCGUGUAUCACAACUACACGUCCGUGCCUGCGCGCUUUGAGCAUGUGAAAGUGGACCAAGCGCUCAAGACCAAGGAGCAAGAGAUGGGUAUCAACCGCUUCAAGUUUGUCGUGGGGUGGCCGUUCCAGGGGUUGCUGGAUUCGUUCGACCUGGAAAAGUACCCCUGGGGCACGGCGCGAACGCUGCAGCAGUACCUCAACUUUUCAGGCAUCACGUUUGAACCAGGACAGAAGGAUAAGGGGUCGUGCAAGCAGUUGCAUUGGGUGCCAUUCUCCGACCCGACCUCGGUUGAAGCGCUCGUUCCAGGCUACACCAUGACUCCUCGUCGUUCUUCGCAAUCCACAAAAUCAACGGCUCCCCCCGUACUGGACUUGUCAUCAGUGGCAAGUCCUGCCGAAGCUGUGGGAAGUGCUGGCACCCAAAUGCUGCGGCAACAACGCAAGCCACAUCAUGUGAACGUCCUUUCCGUGGGAGUCGUCGUGAUGGUCGUGCUGGGGGUGAUCGUGUACACGAACGAUGGUCUGUGGCGCCGCGUCCGCCGUCUCGUUCGCGCCAAGAAGUAUGACACUGGACUCUAAUCUCCACGCUAUUUAUGUGGUGGACUGGCUCGCGCAAAUGUAAAAAACGAUCGGGUUGUGGUAUCUUCCGGAUAAUACGAUACUUGAUUGGGCAAUUUAAAAUUAUCCGGA